UACUAUACGAGUUUGGAUCGUGAAGUGUGUAGCACUGUGUGGAACUGUGUUUCGUGUUAUUCUGCUCUAUUCUUUUGACGUUACGAUAAAUUUUUUAACAUACGAUAUUCAAUAAAUAUAAAGUAUAUUAAAAUUUUUUUUUUCAUAUAUUAUUUACGAAUUAAAAUAAUAGUGACGUUCUAACAUUGGUGUAUUUUUUUUCUAUUUUUUUAUUAUUUUAUGGUAUUAAAAAAAUAAAUUCAAAAAAUAAUCGUGAAGUUUGUUCAAUGUAUUGGGAUACAACAAGAUUGUUUUGUUCAUCAAACUUUGGGCUGUGAUAAUUAAAAUUUCAUAAAUAGAUAAUUAAAUAAUAAUUAUUAUAAUUAUAUAAUUAUAAAUUUGGUGAAUAAUAAAAAAAAUCUUUUUUUUUUUUUUUAGUUAUUUUUAAAACUUAAAAAAUACUACUUUCAUAAUUAAAAAAAAAAAAAAAUUAAAAUUAAUUUAUAAUUAUUACAUGAUGCUGAUAUAGCGACGGUAAUUAUUGUAAUUUGUUGAAUACGUGAUUAGUAUUUUUAUAUAAAAUAAAAUCAGUGAUAAAAUAUUUAAUUUUAAAAUCAUCAAUUGGUGCAUUCUAUUUUUAAUAGAAUUAUUCAAAUUUUAUUAAUUCUUUUAAUGAAGUUUAUAUCAAAAUUUAAUAUAACUCAUUAUUAAAUAAUAAUGAAAAAUAUAUCGAUUAACAAAUCAAUAAGUAUGAAAACUUUAGCAAGCUGACACUGAUAAUUUUUAUAAAAAAAAAAAAAAGAAAAAAUAAUAAUUUAUAAUUACAGUGAAAAAAAUCAGUGGAACUCAGUUAUUCUUUUGGAUUAUAUUUAAAUAUUACGUGUUGUGUGAAUAAUUGUGUUAAUUGUUUUAUUCAAUUGUGUAUAUUGUGAAUGUGUCAAGUGAAGUCAAAAUAUACCAUUGCAAAAUAAUCAACAAAUACAUAGACAAUAAUAAAAUAUAAUAUUUUUCUAUAAAUGUCAAACAAGUGUUAAUUGAAGAAAAAAAAAAAAAUAAUUAAAAAAUUAAUAAUAUAAAACAGUGGUUAAUUUGAUUAAAUUAUAAUAAAAGAAACAGUAAAUUGGGCAGGCCCCAUCAUUCGGGCCCCGUGUGGAUUCAGGGUCGCGGCGACGUCGGCAAGUGCCGUGUGCGGCCUCGACGUCGCUAUUAAGGUGGAUCCGGGAAGCACGACGACGCUUAACUUUACGGACCUGGGGAGCCCAUUCGGGGCGGGCGACCCUUGUCCAUCGAGUACACCGACCCCGAACAGUAUGUCCGGUGGUGGUGGUGGCGGUGGUGCUACAACGGGUGGUGCAAGUGGUUCAACUGGUGGUGGUUCAGAUAUGGAUCAGCAUCUUCAUCAUGGUGGCCUUGGUUCUGUAACACCAGGACCACAAGGCGGUAAUGGUGGUGAUAGUGCAUCAAGUACACCUGUAUCACAAUCAAAUAAAAGUGCAUUUAUUGAACUACAACAUAACAAUUUAUAUAAUCCGGGUUUAAGAGGUGGUUAUUCAGUUGGACAUAAUGUACCAGGUGGUCAUCAAUUUUCUCAUCAAGUAGGAAGUCUUGGACAUCAAGGUUCUGGACCAGGUAGUGGUAAUCAACAACAUGCUGAUGCUGGAUUUCCAAGUCCAAGAUCUGCUCUUGCUGGUUAUCCUUUUGCACCAAUGCAUCAGCAUCAAACAUAUGGAUAUCACAUUGGAUCAUAUGCAUCUCAAUGUCCCUCACCACCUAAGGACGGUGAGUACCCAAACUGGUGGUGUAUGUUUGCAGACCUCUCACCUCUUGGUGACAAAGGUGGCAGUCUUGUGGAUGAACUGGGUGGUGGUGGUGGCGGAUCACUCAGAAAUGGAAAAGGAAAAAAAAUGAGAAAACCAAGAACAAUUUAUAGCAGCCUACAGCUACAACAAUUAAAUAGGCGGUUUCAAAGGACACAAUAUCUUGCAUUACCUGAAAGAGCUGAAUUAGCUGCAAGUUUAGGACUGACACAGACACAGGUGAAAAUUUGGUUUCAAAAUAGAAGAAGUAAAUACAAGAAAAUGAUGAAAGCAGCACAACAAGGUGGUGGACCUGGCGGACAACAUGGUAAUCUUUUGGCUGGUGUACCAUCGCCACAAUCUGGACAACCAGGUGGUCUUAUGCAGGGUGGUGAAUUUAAAUGUGGAAGUUCUGUUUCUGGAAGUCCAACGACGGGUUACCUUGGAGGUCUUGGUGGAGGUGGAGGAGGAGGAGGUGGUGGCGGUGGUGGUGGCAAUGGUGGUAAUGGUGGUGGUGAAAAUACACCUGGUAGUUCAUCACCAGGAAGUGAUAUGUCACCUCAACACAAUGAGAGUCCACCAGCACCAGUAUGGACUGGUAAAAUUGAGCAUCAUUCACAUGGUCAUGUACCACAACACACUCAUCAUCAUCCUCACACGCCUGGUCAUCAUCCGCCUGGACCACCACCCCCACAUCAUGCGAGUUAUAUGCCACAGUAUUCCUGGUAUCAAACAGAUCCAAAUCCUGGAUUACUCACGUGAGUGCUCGGGUGUGGCCAGCGGUUUAACAGAGCAUUUGUGAGCAGUAAAACUUUGUAAAAACCAACAGGAUUUGCUGAAAAAUAAAGUUUAAAAAUAUAUAUACUGUGAAAAGGUUUGAAAUAAAAAAUCCAUCAAAAUAAUAAAUAAAUUAAAUAAAUAAAUAAUAGUUAAAAUUGACAUUUUGGCUUGCUCAUUGGAUUUGCCAAGAUGACCUACUGAGAGGUUUUUGUACUCUAAAUAUGUAUAAUUGUAUCCUGGGAAGACAGGGGGCAAGGAAAAAAAGGGAGAAAGGGAUCUUGAUGAGAUUACAGAAGCCAGUGUCUUACUCAAGACAACACAAGUUAUAAAAGAGAUAAAAAAAUAUAUAGUGAUAUAAUAUACACACGAAAUAAAACGUAAAUUUGUGUCUUGCCUUGCGGUGAUUUAUGAAUUAAUGAAAUCAUAAUGACAUUUUCGUGAGAGAAAAGAUGUAAUCAUCGGUACCUUUUCUUCUUCUCUUUCCUGAAUUCCAUCAUCAGCCAUUUCAAAUCGGAUGAAGCAAACGACGAUAAUUCAAUCUUUUUUUUUUUGUUUUAUUCAUAUAACCUCACCCAUCAGCUGUUGUUUUUUUCUUAGAAAAAUAUAUAAAUAAAUAAAAAAAACUCAAUUAACUCCUUCUCGAAACAAUGUUAAAUAAAAAAAAAAAUUUGAUCGAGUUAUUCCAUUGAGAAAUAUUUGAUUAUUUUACCCUCGGGAAUAGAAAAAAUAAUUUUUAAAAACAUCAAUAAAUGGAAUAUUCAAAUGAAAAAAAAUAUAAAUUUUCAUUAAAUAGUAACAAACUCGAGGGAAAAUAACAUAUUUAUAAAACUAUCAUUUACAAUUCCAUAUCGAUCUGACAUAUUAUCGUACCAACCAUAUGCGAUAUUAAAAUAAAAAUAAAAAAUAUAGAUAGUCGUGUGAAUGCUACAUACGCACAUGUCGGAAAAGUUAUGAAGAAAAAAAAAAUAUACCACCAAGAUGUGUACAGGUGAAAGAGAAAGAAAAUAAAAAAAUAUCAAAAAGAAAACAAGGGCAUUGAGGUGAGAAGUUGAAGUAUGUUAAAUGUUGACGGAUUAUAACUGAACUAAGAGAAAGAUAAUAAAAAAAAAAAGAAGAUAAAAAGAGAAAGAACAAACUCAGGUAAAUGACGCCGGGAUGCAGAAUAUAUGAAGGAUUUCAAGGCCGAUUAAAAAGAAGCCUAUCCAACAUAUUUUCCAUCGUCAGGAUCUAGCAGCACACUGUCUAUAAAAAAAAAAAUUAUAUAUAUAUUUUGUUUUUCUUUAUAAUUUAUAUCAUCAAAACAAAGAAAAAAUGUUAAUGAAGAAUAUGAAAAAAAAUAAUAAAAUCAUUAAAAAUAUAUAUAUAUAUUCAAACUCUUGACACAUUUCUCGUGAUACAAAAAGAGAAAGGAAAAUUUAUGAAAAGAAUAUGAAAGAAAAAAAAAAUAAUAUUAAUAUUAAUAAUAAUAAUAAAAUAAAAAUAAUAAUAAUAGUUAUAAUAAUAACAAUAAUAAUAAUUUUAAAUAAUAUGAAUAGUAAUGAUAAUAAUAAUAUUAGUAAUAGUAUAAUAAAAUUGAGAAGAAAAAAACAAGAAUCACUGUAAAUAAGGCGCCGGGAGCCCGAAACUCGUAGUUUUUAAGAAGUAAAUAUGUGUCUAAUAUAAUUUUGUGAUUUAAGAUUGUAUAAAAAAAAUUAAUAAUAAUUUAUGAUAAUAAUAUUAAUAAUAGUAGUAUCAUAUGGAUAAUAAAAAUUGAUAAAUAAAAAAUGAUUAAUCGAGUAAAUGAACACAAUACAAAUAGAUAAAAGAAAGAAAAAAAAAUAUAGCCGCUUUGAGCUAUUUAUUGUUUCAUAUAUAAAUAAUGUGUGAAAACCAAAAAAAAACAAAAAAAACA